AAGCAUCUUCACGUAACCUGGAAACCUUCUUUGCCAAGCACCGAAGGGGUUUUCCAUGGGGCCGCCCCUUGCUGCGCUCACAGUGAAUGUACCCGGGGAGGCCCGGCCCCGGCGGACGAGGGAAAGAUGGCUGGACGCCGUGAGUUUCGCGGACGUGGCGGUGUACUUCUCCCCAGAGGAGUGGGGCUGUCUGCGGCCCGCGCAGAGGGCCCUGUACCGGGACGUGAUGCGGGAGACCUACGGCCAUCUGGGCGCGCUCGGAUUUUCAGGUCCCAAACCCGCUUUUAUCUCUUGGGUAGAAGCAGAGGUGGAGGCGUGGAGCCCGGAGGCCCAGGACUCCGAGGGUAAGAGCCUAGCAGCUGUUUCCAGAGGCAAGGGAAAGGUAGCAGGAUCCAGGGAUGGGAUUGAGGAAAAGGAAAGGCUGAAGAAUAGUCCAAAACAAAAAGAGACACAUGAAGUGUCUCUCAAGGCGUGGUUGUCAGCCAGUGUGCCAUCUGGCUUCAAUCCCAAAGCUGCCUGCCCAGAGCUCUGCAGCAACCCUAGUCAGAGCCCCAUCAAGCCUUGGCUCAAGGACACACUAAUCUGCAGACUGCCCUACUCUUGCCCAGACUGUGGCCGCAACUUCAGCUACCCUUCUCUUCUGGCCAGCCAUCAGCAAGUCCACUCCAGGGAGCGGCCUUUCUCCUGUGACCAGUGUCAGGCUCGUUUCUCCCAGCGCAAGUACUUGCUCCAGCAUCAGUUCAUCCACACAGGUGAAAAGCCCUACUCCUGCCCUGACUGUGGGCGCCGCUUCCACCAAAGAGGUUCCCUGGACAUCCAUAGGUGGGCACACACUGGGGAGAAACCCUACCCAUGUCCAGAUUGCAUGAGUCGCUUCACUUACCCCUACCUGCUGGCCAUCCACCAGCGGAAGCACACAGGCGAGAAGCCCUACAGCUGUCCCAACUGCAGCCUCCGUUUUGCCUACACCUCCCUGCUGGCCAUCCACAAGCGCACACACACAGGCGAGAAACCCUACCCCUGUCCUGACUGUGGCCUUCGCUUUACCUACUCCUCUCUCCUCCUCAGUCACCGGCGCAUUCACUCAGAUAGCCGGCCCUUCCCCUGCCUGGAGUGUGGGAAAGGCUUCAAGCGCAAGUAUGCCCUGGAAGCCCAUCAAUGGAUCCAUCGCUCUGGCAGUGAGAGGCUGAGUUGGCAGUGGACUGCAGUGGGGCUUUCAGAGCCAGCCCUUGCUUUGCGGGGCCAGGAUCCCCCAGUUCAUUUCCGGUACUUUCCAGAUAUAUUUCAAGAGUGUGGGUGAUGGACUGCACACAAGAUGAUCAGAGUUUUCUUUGGAAAGGAAAUGGGGGAAUAAGGAAAGGAAAGUGGGGAUUUAAGGAAAAUAAGGUCUGUUUUAGGAAAUAAGCAGAAGUGAGGGGGACAGAGAAAGUCUGUGGGGAGGAGGCAGGAAUCUGAAAAGCUGACUGAGGACUGAUCCCAUUUUCUGAGACUUUGCUUACAGACCCCCUUGUUCCACAUCCCACCGUGGGUUACUUUACUGAAAACCACUCACCUAAUAGCUUUUCCUCUGGACUGUUCUCUCUCUUAGAGCACUCUGCUUUUUGGUCUCUAUCUCUCUCCUGCUCCGAGAUGGGGUCCCCUAGAUGUGAGUGCCUAUUAAAGGAGCCAGCAUUCACUCUGGAUCCCCCAUAAUACAGGGUACAUCUUGGACCUGUCCCCAUGGGGAUCCUGUCUUUUAGCCAGUA